UUGUUGACCCGCAAUUUAUUUCGGAAGUUUAGGCCGAUUUAAUCUCUUAAAAUGAAAAUAUCUCGUUUUAAGAAGUCCCACAAGACACUCAUGUACUUUGCCACACACUUCAGCUAUCGCGAGCCCUAUCAAGUACUUGUCGACGCAACGUUUUGUCAAGCCGCUCUACAGCACAAGGUUGUUAUUGAGGAGCAGAUCAAGAAGUACUUCCAAUGCAAUGUGAAAUUGUUGACCACACAGUGCAUCAUUCUGGAGUCCGAGGCUUUGGGAGCUCCUCUCACAGGCGCCACAAUGAUUGUUAAAAAGUUUUAUGUUCACAAAUGCGGGCACGAGGCCAGUGGACCAGUGAGCGCAGCCGAGUGCAUCAGGUCCAUGACGAAAGACAGCCGCUAUAUUGUGGCCUCCCAGGAUCGUCUGCUACAGGAAAGUCUUCGCAAGAUUCCAGGUCGCUGUUUACUUUAUCUGCACAAAGCCACGCCAGUGCUGGAAGCGCCAUCGGCGGCCUCAAAAAAAUGGGUAAACAAACGGGCUAAGAAAUUAAUGAUAGGCGGAGACAAAAAGAAAAUUGAGGAACUGAAGGUUCAACAAGGCCUGAAACAGACAGACAACAAGCCGGCGCCGGAGAAGAAACGCAAGGGACCAAAAAAUCCUAAUCCGUUGUCAUGCAAGAAGAGUAAGAAAGUGAAGGCCACAUCAAAGCCUGUACUGCACCAAGUGGAGAAAACAACGCCUAUGAAAGCGGAUCAAGAUUCCGGCGCACGUCAAAAAUGAAAUCGCAUUAGGCAAAGAUUAAAAUAACAAGUACCAGUACCUAUUAAAAUAAGUAACGACUCAGUA